AUGUCGAUUACGGAUUUGCCUUUAGAGCUGUUGGCUGGUAUUUGUGAGCAUCUACAGCCUCAAGAAUGGGGCGCACUCCGGAUUUCUUGCCGCAAAAUAUACGACAACACACUGGAAGCCUAUGCAACGCGAUAUUUCAAAAAAAUCACACUUCUUCUCACCCGUGAAGGUCUUGACCGCUUGGAGCAUGUUGCAGCCAGUGAAUCCCUUCGUGGCUCGGUUGAAGAAAUUUGGAUCAUCCCGAACUUGUUCGAUCACUGGGCAAACUUGGGCAAGGCAAGUUUUACAAAGGUGGACAAUAGGAAAUAUUUGUUGACAUUGGGACGUCAUCCAACAACGGAAGAACACAAUGAAGUUCAGGCUGAGCUCGAGGCUCUGUUUGCCGUCUACGAAGCUACAAUGGCAGAACACCGUGCCAUUGUCGAAUCCCCGGGACUGUUAGAUCGACUUGAAAAAUGCCUACCGCGCCUCGAGAACGCUGUCGCCCUUGGGCUACGGUCUUACGAGACAAGGUUCCUCCUGAAUACAGCAAGGAACACUGACUUUACUUGUUUGGGCUUACGAGAAUUAAAAAGUCAUUUCAACUUCAAGAAUUGCCCAAUGUUUCAUCAGAGCGUAUCGUUCAUGCCUUACAGUUUGGUAUUCUCGCAACUACUCAACGCCAUAAUAAAAUCCGGUCGAAAGGUUCAAGCCCUCCACACAUGCAGCCAUAGCUUUUGCGGCAUGAAGUUGAAACUUUUCCAACUGCCAGAGUCACAGUAUCAAUCACUGCUUCCGCUCUUGAAGGAUCUGAAGACUCUACAUAUGUGCAUUCGCCUCAAAGAUCACGGACGAGAAAACUUCGAUGAAGACACCUUGAAACGUCUUCUCAAUAUCAUGGUCACGACUGCACCGACACUAAAGACUCUACACUUUGCUCAAUGGAGCCCCAUAGAAGAGAUUUCCCCUCUUUUCUUCAAGCACGUCUCUCAAAGGAUUCAAUUCACUCAGCUAGAGGAACUUCAUCUUCAUUCGAUUGAGGUGACAGUGAGUAGCCUCGAAGAAUUUCUACGGACAGCAGCCCCAACGUUGAAACGACUGAGUCUGAGAUUAGUCAGUUUAGUUGAUAGUAUAACAUCAGCACCAGACCUAGGACCCCUGACUCCAAACAGCGAUAGUUGGGUCACUUCAAUGUCUACCGAAGUCAAAACCGAGAUGCAGGGACUCUGGAAGCGCGUUUUCGAAUUCUGGGCAGAUCAUCUCAAACCGCAAUACGUCGAACUAUCCGUUCUUGGGUACCGAGGACGAUCUAUAACAUUGCAUGACAACUUGUAUUUGGAACGUGGACAACAGGACGCACAGUCUUUCUCGGGCGUGAAUCCCUCGAAUUUCCAUUUUGAUGCUGAGAAGGCCAAUAUACCUUUCAAGGAAUGGGCUAAGCAGCUUCAGAUAGAGAUGGUACAUCGGCCAUCCUUUGGGGGACCGUAUGGGGUAUACGUUGGUGGACCAAAGCUUCCAGGGACCAGCAAAAUCCACUUGCGUGACCCAGGCCAGGACUUUAGUGGGCAGGCUACUAUGGUAUGUGUUGAUCCAUCACGUAUGAGCAGAACAUCAUCAGGUUAG